GGACAGGGUUCAUUGAUAUAGGUCGGUGCGCCUGAAGGUGAGAAGCCUUGCAGGAAAGCAUUCUCUAUCUUCACAUACCACCUUGCGCAGACCGAACCACUAUGGUGAGUAUCCCACGACCGCACCUUGUAGCCAGAGGGGCAGAAGAGAUCAAGGGGAAGGACAUCUGGCUUGACAAUGACGACCUCCGUCCGCUGAAGCUGAAAGACCGCACUUGGACUGCCACGACUUACUUCGUCUUCUGGUUCAGUGCCACAGCAACAGUUAGCAAUUGGUAUGGCGCCUCGGCAGCUCAAGCCCUCGGCCUGUCGAUGUGGGAAUCUCUGGCUUGCUCAUUGGGUGGCCAAUGCUUGAUUGCCAUAGUCAUCACACUGAAUGGACGAGCCGGCGCUGUCUACCACGUCGGUUUCCCUAUCCUCAAUCGUGCCGCAUUUGGAGUUUAUGGCGCAUGGUGGCCAACGUUCAAUCGCGCGGUUAUGGCAAUUGUGUGGAACGGCGUCAAUGCCGUGCAGGGUGGACAAUGUGUCUAUGUCAUGCUGCACGCCAUCUUCCCCAGUAUCGCACAUAUCAAGAACACUAUGGGCCCAGGAUCUGCAUUGACCGCGGCUGGUAUGAUCGGCUUUGGCGUUUUCUGGAUAGUCACAUGCUGCUUUCUGGUCAUUCCAGUCCCGAAGAUGAAGUCCUUGGUCUAUGCGAAAUUGAUCAUGUUCGUCAUUUCGGCGAUGGCGAUGCUGGGCUGGACGGUCAGCAAGGCUGGGGGACUGGGACCGGUGGCCAGCCAGGGGUCAACAGUCCACGGUGGUGAGAAGAGCUGGCUGAUUGUCCGAUUCUUGAUGCUCGGAGCUGCGAAUUGCGCGACGUUCGCCAGCAACGCCAGUGACUUUCAGCGAUAUGCACCAAAGCCGAGCGACCCGAUCCUAGGUAACUUGGUCGGAUUUCCAGUUGCAAAUCUUCUCGUCUCGAUUGUGGGCAAUAUCGUCGGUGCAUCGAGCCAAGUCAUCUUCGGCGAGCUGGUUUGGAACCCAAUCGACUUCCUCGAUAUGCUCCAGACAUCCGACUACACUGCAGCUAACCGGGCAGGGUGCUUUUUCAUUGCGCUGAUGUUUGUGUACUGCGCAAUCUUCUCCUCGAUAUUCGAAAACUCGUUGCCUGCCGGGAACGACCUGGCCGCGCUGUUUCCGAAGUACAUCACUAUCAGAAAAGGAUUCUUUAUCUGCGCUGUGCUUAGCUUUGCGAUCAACCCUUGGUACUUGUUGGGAAGCGCGUCAAUUUUCGUGUCCUUCCUGGCAUCAUAUCAAAUAUUCCUGUCUUCGAUCACAGGCGUUCUCUUAUGCAACUACUACCUUAUCACAAGAGGAUACAUGAAAAUCCCCGACCUGUACACCUCUUCCAAGACUGGGGCUUAUCACUACACCAAAGGUUGGCAUAUCAAUGCAUAUAUUGCAUAUGUUGUUGGGGUGAUCCCGAACUUCUAUGGGUUCUUGAACAACAUGGGUGUGUCGGCGCCCGAGGGAGUGACCAAGUUUUAUUACUUCGCUUAUUGGGUGGGGCUGUUCGUUGCAGGAGCGACUUACUGGGUCUUGUGCAAAAUCUUCCCGCCGGCCAUCAUGUACACCGAGGGAUGGAAGGAGCCGAAGAACUAUGUUCGUCCUGAGGGAGAAGCUCAGGUUCUCGAAGGUGAGGCGGCCGAUGUCGAUGGCUCGAGCAACGGCCAGAUCGAGGAGAAGACCGUUGCCACAGAAGUCCUCAGCGAUCUCAAGGGUUGAACGUUGCUGGAUGUAUGUGCAUAAUGAGCUUCAUUAUUGUGACUGCUCAAGAAUAGAAAUGUCAAUGCUUUCGAAUUUCUCGUUCAGAUAUGCAAGGAGACAAAUAGUUCUGUACUUGGUUGUGGACAGACUCUGCCUUCAGUGCUGCUAAGGAUCAUUGUUGACGUCUGGCACACUUUCAAUGGUAUCGAAUGAGAUUCUCGCUGAUGAUGCCCAGAUGAAGGAGGUGUCGACUUCCUAAUAUACUUUGCUGAUGAUUGUGGUAGCAUCGCUGUUGA